AUGGUAUCGGGAAGUGGUGGCUUCGGAACUGUAUUCGAAGGCAUGCUAUUAGAUGGUACUCCUGUGGCCAUUAAAAGGUCCAAGCAAUCUUUCAAUCUAGAGGAUGGCCACGACUUUCUUAAUGAAGUCACAAUUCUCUCUCAAAUCAAUCACAGGAACAUAGUAAAAUUGUUAGGUUGCUGUAUCCAGACUAAAUUCCCAAUGUUGGUAUCUGAAUUCGUUCCGAAUGGAACACUGUUUGAAUAUUUACACUCCAAGGAAGGGUGUUUCUCUUGGGCAUCACGUCUGCAGAUUGCAAUCGAGACGGGGGAAGCUUUGGCAUAUUUACAUUCUGGAGCAUCUCAACCCAUUUUCCACCGGGAUGUAAAAUCGUCUAAUAUUCUUUUGAAUGAGACAUUUUCUCCCAAAGUUGCAGACUUCGGAAUUUCUCGUCUCAUCUCUACUUCCAAUAAUUCACAUCUCACCACUAAUAUAAUGGGCACAAAGGGUUACUUAGAUCCUGAAUACUUCCAAAUGUAUCAACUCACCGACAAAAGCGAUGCAUACAGUUUUGGUGUUAUGCUGGUUGAGCUUAUAACAGGUUUGGAACCAUUGAGUGUAGGAAGGAUCGGCGAGGAGUGGAGCUUAUCUAUCCUUUUUCUUGACAGAAUCAACCACAACCGGCUCAGAGAAAUACUAGAUAGCAAUGUAGUGGAGGAUGAUAACCUGCAACAGAUGGAAGAUAUUGGAAGGCUAGCAAGAGAAUGCCUUCAUUUGGAAAGGAGAAAAAGACCGUCUAUGAAAGAGGUCGUGGAGGAACUUUUGUGGGUAAGUCGUUGCGCAAGAAAGGAAAAUUUUCGUGACACUGUAAAUUGUGGAGAUGCAAUAUUUGAGCAGACACGCAUUCGUAGAGAAGCAUUGCAAACUUCAUACAAAUUCAGGAGUUACACUUUUCCAUCUGCAGUUGAGAGUAUGUCGGAGGAACCAUUCAGUACACUGGUUGAGAUGUCGACCGUGCCCAAACGACCAGUUUUGUUUAAACAGAAAUUGUUGUUGCAAACGCAAAUGCAUUUCGGGGUUGUGGUUCACUUUUUGAUUUGUGUAUGCUCGGUGGGCUUUACUGCUGCUGCAAAAUGUGUUCCUGAAAAGUGUGGUUCGAUGAACAACAACGAGAAUUGUGGAAUGCAUGGCAAAAGUUUUCAGAUGGAAUGA